AUGGCCAUCACCCUCUACACUUUUCCCACUCCCAACGGACACAAGAUAUCCAUCGCUCUGGAGCUGCUUGGACUGCCCUACAAAGUCGAGACUGUGGACAUCAAGAAUGGUGAACAACACACUCCCGAGUUUCGAAAGGUGUCGCUCAAUGGAAGAAUCCCUGCAAUCACGGAUACCGAGGGGCCUGGUACUGAUUCAGGAGAACCCUUUGCUCUGUUCGAGUCAGGAGCCAUUCUCCAGUAUCUGGCUGAAAAGUACGACAAGAAGCAAAAAAUUUCGUAUCCCCAGGGAUCUGUGGAGUACUUCAAGACUCUGGAAUGGCUCUUCUUCCAAAACGCAGGCGUCGGACCUAUGCAGGGCCAGGCAAACCAUUUCCGAUUCGCCGCUCCUGAGAAGAUUGAAUACGGAGUGACCCGAUACACUAAUGAGACCAAAAGACUCUACGGAGUUCUUAACACCCGACUGGAGCGGAACGGAACCGGUUUCCUGGUUGGAGAUCACAUCUCUAUCGCGGAUAUCUCUCUUGUGGGUUGGGUCCAGCGAUCUGGCCCUCUGGAGAUUGAUCUUGCUGGUGACUUCCCGCUUCUCGAAAAGUGGCUCAACAAGCUCAUCUCCAUUCCCGAGGUGAAAAAAGGCUUCAACGUUCCCAUUGAGUAUGCACACUACACAGAAUCUCAGAAACAGUUGUAA